CCUUACUUCAGCAGGCAUUUAGGUCAGUGUCGUUUUAGUAUUCGUUCGGUUCGUAGUGAGUUCGUUGUGUGGCUUCUGUCCUCUAUUUCUCGUCAAAUAAAAAAAUCUAUAGAAAAAAAAUUAUAGAGAAAUUUGACUGAUAAACUGAAAAACGAAAUAAAAUUUCGAUCGGGCAGUAAAAGCUAAAAGCUCCUUAGUGACUACGCCAUAUACGCCAAAUAGCAUAACGAAUCUCAACUUUUAAAAUUUUGUCAUCGUGUCAAUAAUUGUCAAGCCGGCAAAUAUAUAUAUAAUUAUUUUUCUAUAUAUAUAUUUUAAAAAAAUCUCCCUCACGAGUAGUUGAUAGAUUUAGUCCCCCGAAUUCUGAUUAGUAGAGAACUCAAGCCCCGACUCUAUUUUCAACUCAGCCCCGAUGGACGCGUCGGGGCUUGAGUUGUACUACCGUCAGCAACUCCAGGUAGAAAUUACAAAUCACGAUGUGCAACAACAGGCAGUACAACAACAGCAUCAACAAUUACAACCACAAGAACAACAAGAGCUACUAGAAGAACAACGACGACAAUAUCACGAAGUAUCACAACAAUAUCAAGUGAGUAUUGAACAAGAAAUGCCGGGAGUACAUAACCCCAUGAAUGGUGGGCAAACGGAUCCGGAGAAAUGCUGCUGGAUAUGUUUUGCCACCGAGGAGGAUAAUCGUCAGGCUGAAUGGGUUAGGCCGUGCCAGUGCCGUGGCUCUACCAAAUGGGUCCAUCAAAGUUGCCUCUAUCGCUGGAUUGACGAGAAGCAGAUGGGCAAUCAUCGCCGAUCAGUCAUGUGCCAGCAGUGCCAGACAGAGUAUAUCAUUGUGUUUCCGGAAGUGGGACUCCUUGCCGGAGCGCUCGAACGGAUCGAUUUGACGGUGAGAAAGACCAGUCCAUAUCUGGCAGCGGGCAUAUUCACGGGCUCAGCUUACUGGACCGCCAUUACUUUUGGAGCGAUUACUGUAGUACAGGUCAUGGGCCAAAAACGCGGCAUGGAACUCAUGGAGUAUGGUGAUCCUUUCAUGUUGCUUGUGGGUCUGCCCUUUAUCCCAGUGGCCCUUGUUCUCUUCCGAUUCAUUCGCUGGCAGGAUGCUGCCCUGCGUAUCCUGCGCAGUCGCUACAAUAUACUUCACAAGUUGCCGUUCUUCAAAUGGAUCGUUGAGCCGGAUCAGUCGCGUCAAGGAUCGGGCGCUAGCAACAUCAGUCUGCCGCCACUGCCCCCCACUCCGGCCGUAUCCGAGCCACUAUACAUCUCGAGAUUGUUUUGCGGGGCCGUACUGCUGCCCACAUUUGCCACCAUGACUGGAAAUUUAUUCUUCAAUAGCCUACAGGAUCCCCUUUACCGCACUUUGGUCGGAGGAAUAGCUUUCAUCGGAUUUAAGGGUCUUCUGAAGAUCUAUCUACGCCAAAAGCUCUACAUACGCCGUCGUCGUCGCCGCAUCGUCGACUAUACCGACGAAAAUGUAAGAAUCUAUAUGGGCGGCGAAGUACGAGAGGCUCCGCCAGUUCAGGACCCACGUGCCAAUCCAAACCCGAAUCGUGCCAAUCCCAGGCAGAAUGCUGGCCAUGACCAAAACCCAGAUGGAUAUGCCAUUUCCGAUUCCAGUUCAUUGAACUCAUUCGACGGCGAUAGUCUCACCACAUCCGAAGCCGACGAGGAUAUCGAGGCCGAUAAUGGCGAGUUCGGUAUUAACCAAAAUCAACACGUCGACUACAGGAUGCACUAUUUGAAUGCCGAAGUUAAUUUCUAUUCGGUGCACUUCCCUCCACAACAGAUAUUGGGGGGGGAGAUGGAUAUGGAUCUAGACUAGUAACUGGACUAGCAGACUUGGUUAAGCAACUCGCCUGGUAUAAGCACUGUAAAAUUUUCAAGUGGAUCAUCUUCAAUUGGAUAGGAGACCUUUAGUUUGUAUUUUUGGAGCUGUAUUGAUGAGGGAGAUAUAUAGAAUUGCCGCGAGAAUCAAGACGAGGCAAAGCACAGCACCAGCCAAAGAUUUAAUGUGAAACUAAAUUAUAAUGCGAUGCUUUAAAAAUUGAUAACUAUAUAAAGCGCCAGGCAAUUGCUUUUGUUUA